AAGAUUUGGCGAAUGCGGACUUUUAUUGUCGUGGUCUGAAUAAACUUCCUCCGUGUCUCUCGGAGCUUGACGCCCGGGCUUCGCCGCCCUGCUCUCCCGUCCACAGUGAACUCUCAGUCCGGUCCUUCGGCUCCGGGGCCGCUAACGAAGUCAGCCCGAGGACACCGCAGCUCACCCUCAGCUCUGCGCCCGUUAGAGCGUUUACUGAGUACCGGAGGAGGAGGAGGGACGCCCGCAGACUUUCCGACGGAGCAGAACUCCGCGGACUGCGUCCAUGCUGAGCCGCACACAGGUGCUCGCUGUGGCUGGUCCAGGAUGAGCCUGCUGGGCGUCCGGAGGAGGCUGCUGUUUGCUGCCGUGAAGCCGCCCUGCUCCCUCUGCUGCUCCCUGUGGUUCCUCCUGCUGCUGGGAGCCGGAUCGCUGCUGCUGCUCGCCCGCCUACAGGACCUCACCAAGCCGGUCCUCCAGCAGCGUCCAGGUGUGCAGGUGCUGACGGCUCCCAGGCGGCCCUCACAAGAGGAAGCCAUCGAUCCAGCAGGACAUCGUCUCGUCUCUCCGCCCGCUCUCCGUCCCCAGCCACCGUCCUCCUCGCUGUUCUCUGACUCGCUGCUCGGCUCAAAGCAGCCGCUCACUAAACGCCGCAGGAAGCUGCUGCUGAAGAGCAGUUUGGUGGCGUCCAGCGCCCCCACGGGCCAAAAAGAGGCGGCGCUGCAGCUGGCGAGGAUGCAGGAGUCACGGCACCGCCUGCUGACAGAUAUCUGUGCCCAAUACCAGCCGGACAUGGGCAGGCGGCUGCCGUCACAGCGGCAGGUGUCGCGGGUGUACGUGGAGGAGCGGUUCCGGCUGCUGUACUGUGAGGUGCCCAAAGCCGGCUGCUCCAACUGGAAGCGGGUGCUGAUGGUGCUGAGUGGCAGCGCCGCGUCCACACGGGACAUUCCCCACGACGCGGCGCACUACGACAACCACCUCCCGCGGCUCAGUGGCUACGAUCGCGCCGGCAUUGCUGAGCGGCUUCGCUCCUACACCAAAGUGCUGUUCGUCCGGGAGCCCUUCGAGCGCCUCGUGUCAGCGUUUCGGGACAAGUUUGAGAGCCCCAACUCAUACUACCACCCCGUGUUUGGACGGGCCAUCAUCUCCAGGUACCGAGCCAACGCCACGCGUGCUGCAUUGCGCUCCGGCGCCGGCGUGACUUUCAGGGAGUUCGUGCAGUACCUGCUGGACGUGCAGCGGCCCGUGGGGAUGGACAUCCACUGGGAGCCGGUGAGCCAACUGUGCAGCCCGUGCCUCCUGCAGUACACCUUCAUCGGGAAGUUCGAGAGCCUGGAGCGUGACGCCAACUUCCUGCUCCGAAGCGUGGAGGCGCCAGCCAACCUCACGUUCCCGGACUUCAAGGACAGGAACCCACUGGCGGAGAGGACGUCCUCCAGCAUCACGCAGAAGUACUUCUCACAGCUGAACGCCACCGAGCGGCAGAAAGCCUUCGAUUUCUACUACAUGGACUACCUGAUGUUCGGGUACCCCAAGCCCUUCAGCGACCUGCACUGAGCCACCGCCGCGCUCAGCUGAGGAUGAGCGUUUGGCUCUGUUAACGUGUCAGAGGGCUGGGUCUAGCUGAGGCUGCGUACCUGUGCAGGUGUGAGAGCUGCAGACUCAGAGACUGAUCUUUGUGUUUAUGUGUUCUUAACGACUUCUGUGAAGUUUUGUUGAGCUGCGUCUCUCAGAGAGAAGCUGUCAGAUAACAGCGGGAAUCACAUAGAUGCUUCUGGGCUCAGUCGCCGUGAUGUCACAUCAACAACUUUGAGUCCGUUGCUCGCGCUUUUGAAGCAUCAGCCAAUCAGAUCGCAUUUAGCCAAAUCUGCUCCAAACGCGGCCAUCGGCGAGAGAGGCUGGGGUGGUCUGCACGUGUGCGGAAGAGGAUGAGAAGAUGAGCCGAUGUGGCGGUAACAGACGUCUGCUGACGGUCACCUGACUCUGUUUUAUUGAUAUGAGGAUCACGGCCGCCGUGAGCACUGUAGCAUCCGAGUGAAUCGUGCGUUAGGAUGGAGGAGGAAGAUGAGGACGAUGGAGCGCUCCCAGAAUAACGGCUUCCAUAACCUCUGACCUCGGCUUUGUGGCAAAGACGCGGUCGAGAUGCUGUUUAAGAAUUUUCUUUAAUCCGUGAAUCAAGCACAAAGAAUAUAAAAAUGUUGUUUUUCACAACAAUGUGAUUUUAUUAUUUAACCCAACGUUAUGAGAGGAAACAGGAAGUAUGAUGCUGCGGACGGACUGAGCUCUGGAUUAUUUUAAUGCAGACCUUAAAUCUGAAGGCCGCUCGGGUGGGGGGGGGAGUGGCUCAGUCCAUCAUUUAUGUACAGUCUGUUUAAAGCAGGAAAAGGAAGUGGGGUAGGAGGUGAUGCUGCGAAUGUGUAUAUGGUGAUUAUUAGAGACGACCUCGAAGCCUUAACACUGCCUUCUCACCUGUGACCACAAUAAAUGAGACUUUGACCACCUGGA